AGAAAAACGGACAUUGCAGAAACUGGCAAAAUGACCUCUGCAAUAGCGGAGACUGACGUUGACGAAAAUGGUGGUCAAAUAGUAGAACAAAUGAGUGUACGAGCCUGGUUAAAGAAUCCUCACUUGUACAAGGUCGCUAUCAUUUUCGGGUGCGCAAAGGUUGCACAAAAUGUUUCUUACUCCUAUUUACCACUAUUUCUUACCGACACACUAAAGUUUGAAAAGGAAGCAAUUGCUUAUCUGCCUCUCGUUAUAUUACUAAGUUCAAUUGUUUCCAGUGGGAUAUCUAAGAAACUUGACGGAAAAAUAGGAAGAAAAGGGUCAUCCCUUUUUGCUGCUCUUUUAGUGAUUGGAGCCUCUUUCUGGUUUUACUUCAUUACUCCUUCCAUCAGAGUACAGAUCUACCCGGCUGCUGCUUUACUGGGUGCUGGCUUCUCCGCUAUGUUUGUCAAUUCCCUUUGCUUCACAACAGAACUUAUUGGAGACAAUCAAAAAACCUCUGGUUUCGUAUUUGCCUUCGUAGCUGACAUGUCGUAUCUAAUGCAAGGAGCCACAUUCGCCAUUGCGCAAAAGCUCUUUCCAGAAGGGAGUUCGUCUGAAGAAUGCCAAGAGUGUAGCGACUAUGUGCGACACGUAUUUUCAAUCCUUCCAGGAUCAUUUGCCUUACUCAGUCUUCUGACCGUUUUAUUCUUUCAGUCUUCAGAAGCAAAACGCGAGGGAAAGGCGAUGGAAGAAAAUGCCACUUCAAAAAGUGACGAAGCGACAUAGAGAGCGUUGAUCUCCCUAACGCCGGUGAACAUGCUCUCUGGAAAUUUCUGUUCGUUUUUGAGCUUUGCAUUGCAUUAGCCACGAAAUAAAUCCUUUAUAUUUAUUUACCAAGCCUAUUCGUAGUAGAUGACUGGCGGGGUAUCACACUCGUCCUUUUUUGUCGAUUCCAUGUAAACGCUGAUAGAAAUGAUAUCCAGCCUUUCUUGCCUCACGCUUGUUACAUAACAUAUAGUGAUGCAAUAUGCAAUGAAACAGUAAAAGGUUCUGCGCGGCCACUAUUUAGUGCUUUUCCUUCUACUUGUGUUAGGUCCUAAAGGCUUUCGAUUCCGGCUUUUAUUUAAAAAUUAUUUUCGUUUUGUUACAGCUUGCAGUCUCAAGUUUUUUGAUAAGGCGUCCACAUUAAAGCUGUAUUUCGUCGCCGACUUUCUCAAUCGUGUUCUAUUCAAAGUGAGUGUUAUGUUCAGUAUUUCCUUUUAGUAAAAUUAGCGAAAGAAUUGGCCAUUCAAGUUCAUGCAAGUGGGGAAGGUCAAUGCGAAAAAAAAAAAAUUGACGGUAAGAAUUCAAUAAAUGUGACAUUGCCUGUACGUCAUACUGCUUGACAGAUUAGCGUGGAAGGUCCUAUAAAUAUAGAUUACAUAGAAUUGUAGUUCAUCGCAUUACUCGGCCAUUAGAUACUCGAUAUCUCCUCUAAAAGCGGAAAGCGUGGGCCAAAUAGAAAGCAAGGAUAAGAUGAAUUUGGUCCAGACACUGUUUUGUUUGCUAUCUUUAGAGUGCCUUCCUGUACGCAAUGUCUAUUUUUUCUUCUUUCAUAUAUUCACUACUAAAACAAGAUAAGUGUGCAGGUGGACAUAGAUUGAGUGUUAUAUCUAAGUGCCACUUCUAUGAUGAUGCUACGAUAAAUAACCGUCGCUCGUCGCAGGUAGCAUAAUUGUUUAGAACU